AUGCACCGUGCAAUUUUCAGAAUGAGGUUAGUUUAGUUUUGUGUUGCUUUCUCAGUAAGAAUUUUCAUUUUCUCAUGACUGCUCUUAGCCAGUUUUCCGUCUGCUGAGUUACAGUACGUCACCCACACAUAGUGAGAAUCAUUUUCAGUUCAUUUGAAUUUCGAACCGCGGUACGCGCUUAUUUUUAAUGAUCUGCACUGGUUACUAGUUCCUCUGGUUACAUUAAGGCAAAAAUAAGCAACAGUCAUGUAUACUAAGUAUUUAUUUUCUUUAGCUUUAGUUAGUGCUCUUAUCACUUUACAGGAUGCAGCAAGAGAAAGCAUCGAUGGAGGUUUCGGGCCGAAUAUAAAAUGGUACAACUCUCUGGAGGAAGGAAUACUGGCAGCGCAGUCAGACAUGAGACCGAUCAUGGUCAUCGUUCACAGGUCGUGGUGUCCUGCCUGCAAGAAAUUGAAGCCGGAGUUAGUGAACUCUCGGGAGUACUUUGAUCUGAGCCAAUACUUUGUCAUGGUCAACCUGGAUGAUGAAUCGGACGCCCAAGACGCCAAAAGACUCGUCCCCGAUGGCGGAUAUGUCCCACGUAUCUUGUUCCUUGACUGGAACGGUGAACUGCGACCAGAAUUUUGGAACAAAUAUGGCUCCGGCAAGUACAAGUACUACCACUCGAGCGCCCAAACCGUGACGUCACUAAUGAGGAGCGCUCUCGAAUACUUCACCCCUAUUUCCGACUACUACAAGCAGCAGUACUACCAACAGCUGCAGCAACAGCAACCCCAGUACCAGCCAUAUCAGCAGUACCAACAGUACGCUUACCAGCCUGUCGAGCAGAUCAACUCAGAUCUGUGAAAUCUGUUGUUUCCUAAUAACAUGUGUGAAAUAAGACGUAUUUGUGCUGGAAGGAGCUAUGCCUAAAUUAACUAAAUGAAAAAGAGCUACGAAGCGCGGAUAUCCAAUGCACUUAGUUCCUUUUUGAUUAGAUUAAUUUUUAUAUUGUUCCUUGGACAUAAAACUUAAAUAUUAAAAAAAUGAUCACAAUCGGACCUCCCAAACAAUUUCGUUUCGAAAAGCUUUUGUAAAUAUUUUUAGAUUGUAAAGAUCUCUUAGAUUGUUUUGCCUGAAAAACAUUCAUUUUAAAAACUACUGUAAGUUUAUGUACAAAA